AUGGAUUCGGAAAACCAAACAGCCAUCAAAGAAAUAGUCCUUUUGGGAUUCAAAGUGUUCCAUGUCUUUAAGAUACCAUAUUUCCUGUUAUUCUUUAACUUGUAUACAUUUACAUUGACUGGAAACGCGGUGAUUAUUUUUUUGGUGUCGUGUAGUCAACACCUAAGCCAUCCAAUGUUUUUUUUUCUGAGUCACCUCUCGCUGUCUGAUACGUUAUUGACCACGAAUAUUGUCCCUAACAUGUUAUGCAUCAUACUUAAGGGAGAAGUAACCAUGUCCGUCUCUGGCUGUAUUAUCCAAUAUCAAUUCUUUGCUAUAUCGUUAGUCUCGGAAUGUCUUCUUCUGACAGUGAUGGCCUAUGACCGGUACUUGGCUAUUUGUAACCCACUGCGUUAUAACACUAUAAUGGGUGCCAAGCUACGUUACCAGCUUGUUAGCUUUUGCUGGGGAGCAAGCGUUAUAAUUUCAUUAGUGAGCGCAAUUCCUAUAAGUAAAUUAAAGUUCUGUGGACCUCAUGUCAUUGAUCAUUUUUUCUGUGAUUUGGUUCCUCUCCUACAACUUUCGUGCUCAGACAUCUCUCUUGUGCAACUGGAAAAUAUUUUGCUUGCUACACCCCUUACUCUUCUACCUAUUCUAAUUAUUUCUUUAACAUAUACCUACAUUUUCAUCACCAUCCUUAAGAUUCCAUCCAUCGUCGGGAGACAAAAAGCUUUCUCCACCUGCAGCUCCCACUUGGCCGUCGUCGGAAUGUUUUAUGGGUCGUUGGUCACGCUCUACGUCAUUCCUUCAGACGGACAUUCUUUAAAUGCAAACAAGGUCCUCUCUCUGAUCUACACGGUGGCAACUCCGUUGUUUAAUCCUGUCAUAUACAGUUUGAGGAACAAAGAGAUUAGAGUAGCCUUCAACAAGUAUUUGCAUCUGAUGAGGAACACUGACUUUAAAUGA